AUGGAAGCAAACGUUUCGCAACAAGCUUAUACAUCUAUGAUGAAGUUCACUAUAGAUGGACGUCCAUUUGUUAAGGAUAUUCAUGAUUUAUUUGCUGCGCUUAUCGUGCAAAUUCCAUUGGACACACAUCGUUAUUUAUUCAGGAAUUACUAUAGCACGUUCAGCUCUGAAGAUGCCUACCAAGGGUUAGGCAAUCUACGCUUUUCUCAUACAGUACGUACACCCGAUCCAAAUGACCCCAGUCGUCAACAACGAACAACAACAACUACAACUUUCAAUAUGAGCAGAGAAAUGGCCAAAUCGCUUUGCCAGCAAUUUCAAAAUUGUCGACUUUUGGAAAAUGCCGUGGAUCCUCAAAGCAGAAACUUCCGUGAUAAGGGCAUAUGGCACCUUACACCAAAAGGUCUGUGUGUAUUGCAAGAUUUCUGUAUCAGGACCGAAGUAGAUCUCAGCUCACUUCGCAAGCAUUUCAGCCAUAUGGAAGCCAUCCAUCUUGUGCGCUUGGACCGCAACCCUGACGACGAUCAACUUAUACUCAACCGUGCCAUCACCUCCCUUAUCUUCCGCAUCAUGAUGUCUUCUCUUCCUGUCGACGGUGAGCUUACAAGCUCCAGUGGUAGUGCGAGCUCUGUUUCUGUAUCCAGUAGGCAAAGUAUACAAGCCGGCAGCACACCUCCUUCCUCUACCACUUCGUCUGUCUCAUCCGCUACAUCUUCGUCCACGCAUUCAUUAAGCGCACCUUUCGCCAUGUCGUCUGCAGCCGUGAGCAAUGAUUCUCGGGUCCACAUGCUUGGCAAUUACCUCCUUACGCUUUCAAAAUCGGGUCGUACAAAUCAAGUGAGAAGCUUAAGGACAAUGCGGACCGUUUUUUCCUCGCAAAUGUGUUGCGAUUGGUUGGUCGAUUACAGCACAGUAUGUUGUCGCGAAGAAGCAGAAGUGAUUGCUCAAGAAUUUAUCAAGCACAAUUGGCUCGAAUACCAAGACCACAAGCAUCACACGGUUCCAUUAAAGUCUUCGAAAGUGGCGAUGCUCAUCGUUACCGAGAAAGGAAAGCAAAUCAUCGCUGAACCUGCUAAACAACCGAUAUCACCCUCUUUUGGUCCGCAAAUAACAAGCACCAUUUCUUUGUCAGAUCGAUCGAGAUCAUCCGGAGGAGAGGAUAAGGCCACAUUGCAAGAAAUCUUAUCUCAAGACCCUGACUCCCUAUUAAUUACUCAAUCCACUACCACCAUUGAAGAUGAAGAUGCCUCCUCUCAUAACAAUACCCUUCAUGAGGACAACAAACAGCAACAGAAACCUUCCUCUCGGCCAUCUAGUAUUGCCAUGGACCACAAUCAAGACACCAAAGAAAGUAAUUCUGCAAGGCUGACCAUCAUUUUGGAAAAUGCCAAACUACGUUCCCCCUUCAAAGACUUUUUACGAGCCAACUUUUGUGAAGAGAAUCUUGAUUUUUGGAUCGACUAUAAUACAUUGAGAAGGAAAUGCCGCAAUCAAAGUCCAGCACUACCUUCCCAUAACCAGAAGGAGUUACUGGAAGACGCUUAUGAUAUAUGGUCUACUUAUUUGGCUCCUGGUUCGGCAUGCGAGCUGAACGUCGAACAUUCUCUGUGUCAAGAAAUGGCAAGAAUUGUGAAUUCUGUAGUUACUGUAAUUCCUGCCUAUCAAGGACAGGGAAAGCCUACCAUUGUCAUUACGGCUUCUUCUGUGUCUCAAAGUCUUCGAAUGAUGCUCAAGUUGUUUGAUAGAGUCAAUGAUCAUAUCUGUCGAUUGAUGGCUUCUGAUUCUGUUCCCAAGUUUGUAAAGACGGAAAAAUACCGCAGGAUUAUUGAUUCUAUUGAAAGGAACGAACGUAAGAAGCAAAAGGAAAUGGAAGACUUGACUGAUUCUUUACGGAAAUUAGAUUCUAGCAGCACUAAUGAACUCUUCAAAACGACCAACGUCGAAACACAAGCCUAA